AGAGAGCGAAAGCGAGUCAGGUGGUGGAGGGUGCAAACAGAGGAACCAAGUGAGAAUGAGAAGAUGAGGUGAGGAAAAGAAAGGAGAGCUGCCUCUUGUUAAGAGAAAGAGAGAGAGUGGAGGCAGUGAGUUGGUAAAGGAGAGGAGAAACCACCAAAGGACUCUUGCAGAAGCAGUGGAGACAGUGGUGGAGGAAGGCAGGAGGGGGGUGAUGCCUCUCUUCAACGCUGCCUGAACCACAACCAGGAGAGAAGGAAGUAUUACUCCAGCUUGGAUGAGAGGAGGAGAAACUGAAGAUGGGAGGGGGAUCCAUAUCUCUUUUCAUUCGGGCUCACAUGAGUGUGUGGACAUGACCCCGGUUUGGUGUGACAAGCUGCUCUCAAUGAGUGAGUGGAGGCAGAGUGUUAGUGUUUGGGAGAUGGAUGCUCACUGGCUCUAAUUUCGCCUGCUUCUUGAAAAUCAUCUGGAGACGAGACGAGUGUGUGAUUGGACGCAAACAGGUGCACUCACAGGAAAAGUGUUACCCUCGUGGACGGCGGGUUCGCAACACCACAUUAACCUGUACUGCCUCACCGUCACGCUCAAGUGGACUCAAAGAAGAGACAAACAGCAAUCCUGGUGUCUUAUUGAAAGGUCGAGGAUCAGCCUUAUCAGCCCUUUCCCCAGUGGAUGCCUCCAAACCGCAACCAUGGGAGAAUGGACCAUCCUCGAGCGCCUCUUGGAGGCCGCCGUGCAGCAGCACUCUACUAUGAUAGGAAGGAUCCUGCUGACGGUGGUUGUGAUCUUCCGCAUCCUGAUCGUGGCUAUUGUAGGCGAGACGGUGUAUGAGGACGAGCAGACCAUGUUCAUCUGUAACACCCUGCAGCCGGGCUGCAACCAGGCAUGCUAUGACAAGGCCUUUCCUAUUUCCCACAUUCGCUACUGGGUAUUCCAGAUCAUACUGGUGUGCACGCCCAGCCUGUGCUUCAUCACCUACUCCGUCCACCAGUCGGCCAAACAGAGGGACCGACGCUACUCGUUUCUUUAUCCCAUAAUGGAGCGGGACUACGGGGCAAGGGAUGGUGCGCGAAAGCUCCGCAACAUUAAUGGAAUUUUAGUUCAGCACGGUGGCGACGGUGGCGGAGGGAAGGAAGAACCUGAUUGCUUGGAAGUCAAGGAGAUCCCCAAUGCCCCACGAGGCCUCACGCACAGCAAAAGCUCCAAAGUACGCCGGCAAGAAGGGAUCUCACGGUUUUACAUCAUUCAAGUGGUGUUCAGAAACGCACUGGAGAUUGGAUUUUUGGCCGGCCAAUACUUCCUCUAUGGCUUUAGCGUGCCUGGGAUUUUCGAAUGUGACCGCUACCCGUGUCUGAAGGAGGUGGAGUGCUAUGUGUCCAGGCCCACGGAAAAAACGGUUUUCCUAGUCUUCAUGUUUGCCGUGAGCGGCAUUUGCGUGGUGCUCAACCUGGCCGAGCUCAACCAUCUGGGUUGGCGCAAGAUUAAAGCGGCCAUCAGGGGCGUCCAAGCCCGCAGGAAAUCCAUUUGUGAGAUCAGGAAGAAAGACAUGGCGCAUCUGUCCCAACCGCCCAACCUGGGGCGCACACAGUCCAGUGAGUCAGCCUACGUCUGAUGGUGAUGAGUAGAGGAAGAGGAGUGGGAUGAAUGUGCGAGUGUGAGAAUGAAGUCAUUAUGAUUUGAGUGCAAUGAAGAUAUACCGCAGUGGUCCAACUAGAUGAAUGACUUUCUGUGAUGAUGGAAUGACAACCAAGCGUCCAUCUUGAUCACUUAGAGAACCGAGUCAGAACUCUAAGACUCAUGAUGAGCACAUAUGAAUCUCUUUUUGGAGACUGUCUGCCAUUUUUUACUACGAGCUCCUCAGCCCUCUUGUCUCUCGUAACUGGGAGAGACAAAUCCUCCCAGGGCUGGACAGGGAACAAGCAACUGGGGCUGCUUUGUGUUAUUUGGGGAUACUGCGGGAGAAGAUGGCAGUCUUUUGACGCAUCCCAUGGUGCUUUUCUGGACUAUGUCAGCUUCCCUGAAAAAAGGGACCGGACAGGGAGGAUGAGCGGCUACGGCACGAAAAGAAGGAACGGAAGACCUGUCAGAGGCAGGACAGGA